GGCUCAGAGCGGCGGCGUGCGACGGCGGCGGGCCAUGGGGCCGUGGCCCGGCUAGCCGGGCGCGGCGAUGUCGGGCUACGCGCGCCGCCCUGGCGCGCCCCCGCUGUCCCGGGCCCGGAGUCUCGUCGUUCCCGACGCUCCUGCGUUCUAUGAGCGCCGGUCUUGUCUCCCCCAGCUAGACUGUGAGCGCCCCCAUUUCGGGGACCUGCACCCCCACUUCUUCGGCAUUCGGCCGACGUUUAUGUGCUAUGUGCCCAGCCCGGUGCUGGCGUCCGUGGGAGACACAGAUUUUGGCUAUGGAAAGGGGAAAUGUACUAAGCAAGGUCCAUCAGGAGCCCACGAGACAUGUUUUGGAGAUGACAAACUUGAAGAUCUUGAAGAAGCAAAUCCAUUCUCCUUUAAAGAGUUCCUGAAAACCAAGAACCUUGGCCUUUCAAAAGAGGACACAACCAACAGUAGAAUUUACCCAAAGGAAGCCUCAAGGCACCCACUGGGACUGGACCACAACUCCCCCACUCCCCAGACUGUGGGGUAUGGCCUGGAAUAUCAGCAGCCGUUUUUCGAAGACCCGACAGGGGCUGGUGACCUCCUAGACGAGGAAGAAGACGAGGAUGAUGGGUGGAAUGGAGCCUAUCUGCCAUCUGCGGUGGAGCAAACUCACUCAUCCAGAGCCACAGCCAGCACAUCGCCCUGCGGCACAUACCUUUCCUUUUUCUCCACCCCUUCGGAACUGGUGGGGCCCGAGUCUCUGCCCCCAUGGACACUGAAUGACACAGACUCACAUGUCUCUCCACCUUCUCCAGCAGAGAGUCCCAACGCGGACUUUGUGGCCCAUGGAGAGUCCUUGGGAGACAGACACCUGCGGACGCUGCAGAUAAGUUACGAAGCACUGAAAGAUGAAAAUUCUAAGCUAAGAAGAAAGCUGAAUGAAGUUCAGAGCUUCUCUGAAACUCAAACAGAAAUGGUGAGGACACUUGAGCGGAAGUUGGAGGCAAAGAUGAUCAAGGAGGAGAGUGACUUCCAUGACCUGGAGUCUGUGGUCCAGCAAGUAGAGCAGAACCUCGAGCUGAUGACUAAACGCGCUGUAAAGGCAGAAAAUCAUGUCAUAAAGCUCAAACGGGAAAUAAACUUGCUCCAGGCACAGGUCUCCAACUUCAAGCGAGAGAAUGAAGCCCUGCGGUCGGGCCAGGGUGCCAGCCUGACAGUGGUGAAGCAGAACACCGACGUGGCCUUACAGAACCUCCGUGUGGUCAUGAACAGUGCACACACAUCCAUAAAGCAGCUGGUUUCAGGAGCAGAAACAUUAAAUCUUGUUGCUGAAAUCCUUAAAUCUAUAGACAGAAUUUCCGAAAUUAAAGACGAGGAGGAGAACCCUUGAGAACCACUGGCUGCUUCCAGCUCCUGGCUGUGUGCGCCGAUAUCACCACUGCUUCAUCUGAACAUGCACCCCUAACUACGCCGUCUUUGCCCAAAGGAUCAUGACAUACCAAUUUCAUGACCUAACACAGUGUUAUUGGCUCUCCGCAACAGGAGCAGCUCCUGUCUAUGAGCUGUACCUGUGGUUUGUAUGCAGUCCUUGGUGAAAUUUACAGAUGCAAUAUAGAUGAAAUAAUCUAUUGGAAGAAAUUUUUAUAAAUUCCAGAAAGUUUUAAAAUUACUAAACAUGAAAACAGCA